GGUCGGUGGGUCGGCGUGCGAGCGAGCGAGCGGGGGAGCGAUCGGAGGCGGCGUUUGGCGGGCGGGCGGGCGGCCGGCGCGGCCAUGGCGAAGAGCUCCUUCUCGUCGCGCUUCCGCCGCCUGGACAUCGACCAGUUCGACGAGAACCGCUUCGUGGAGGAGCCCGAGGCCGCCGAGGCCGGGAGCGGAGCCGGCGCGGCGGACAGCAACGGAGGGCCCGGCCCGGAGGUGGAGGCGGCGCUGCGGCAGGGGGACUUGCUUCGGGCCUUCCACGCCGCUUUACGAAACUCUCCUGUGAACACCAAGAACCCAGUUGCAAAGGAGCAGGCCCAGGAAGUGGUGCUGAAAGUCCUGACGUCCUUCAAAAGCAGCGAGAUCGAGCAGGCGGUCAACUCCUUGGACAGCAACGGCAUCGACUUGCUCAUGAAGUACAUUUAUAAAGGGUUUGAAAAGCCGACGGAGAACAGCAGCGCCAUACUACUUCAGUGGCAUGAAAAGGCAUUAGCGAUAGGCGGACUCGGCUCCAUCGUCCGGGUUCUCACCGCACGGAAAACGGUUUAAAAAAGCCGGGGGUCCCGAGACACCAAGAACAUUUUUGGGAGCCCUCCACGUUUCAGGUUACUCCUCCACGACCGGCAGCUUCCCACUCGAAACAUUAGUUGGGGAGAAGGAAGGAAGGAAGUCUUCUCUUCCCUUGGGAGGCGCAGGGAGAAUGCUGGUGCGUUGGUUUUCUGACUGAAGGACUCGGAGCCAGGAAGAGAAGGGAGGCAACCUGCCAUUUUGCAUGGCAGCAGCGGGAAACGGGGGAGUGUUUGAUUUACGUUGGCAACCAGAUACCCGUUUCCUGAACGGCGGGGUUGCUGCUGCUCUUGGCCCGCUGAAUGUGUGUGUGUCUGCGCGCGCGUGUGUGUGUGGGUGUGAAACUUUAAUUUAAACACAUGUUUGCGGUGUUUGGGGGGGAGGCAUGGGGAGGGGGUGGUAGCAACGGUGUCAGAAUCAAAGGUGUUAAGGGAAGGCAGGCGUUUUCACGCAAGCUUUUUUUUUUUGGGGGGUACAUAGUUAAGAAUCGCCGGGCUCAGCGCGGACGUCAGUUUCAUGUAAAGUGCCUGCUACUCUGUAAUUAAAAUUAAAAGUUCUUGGAGAGUUAACUUUAAA